UCGCGUGCGCACCCCUCAGCGUCACAGCGAGUCAGAGCGCCCACCGAAGGUACUCACGCAACAUGAAGGUCAUAAUCGUAGCAGCUAUCCUGGCGGUGUGCAGAGGAGCGGCUGGUGGUCUACUUCCAGUGGCAGCGCCCUACGCUUACGGCCGUCCCGUGGGCUACCCCGCGCCCCUGGCAGUAGCUAGACCAGCGUAUGCGCCAGCCCUCGCUGCCCCAUUUGUCGGUCAUGCAGUAGCAAAGGUCGCCCCAGUCGAGGACUACGACCCCAACCCACAAUACUCCUACGCUUAUGACAUUCAGGAUGCUAUCACCGGUGACUCAAAGAACCAGCAAGAAUCUCGUUCCGGCGACGUAGUUCAGGGCUCAUACUCCCUAGUGGAGCCUGACGGCACUCGUCGUACCGUGGAGUACACCGCUGACCCUCACAACGGUUUCAACGCAGUCGUACACAAGGAACCACUUGGUGCUCCGGUCGUUAAAGCUGUGGCUGCUCCCGUAGCCCAUGCCUUAUACCACUAGUCCCAACAAAAUCUUUCCUUGGUCACGAAUCUAGAUUUUUCAAUUUUCAUUCAAAAUGCUUUCGAUUGAGUGGCAAAGUGUCUAAAUCUGCUAGAAUCUAUUAUUGUUGUAACAUGCAUUGUAUUGACUGGCGAAAAUAGUUGUUACAUUUGGAUCGUCAUAACAUCUCACCUCCAUGCCAUGCAACAAUGAAUUGAUCGACCACUCGUGUAAAAAUCUGAUUGAGAAAAGAUUGUUCUGCAUUUAAGACCUACUUAUAUUAGGUGUGUGUAAUUGUUAGAUUUUGCUCUUUGUAACACUUGUAACUCAUGUGAUAAACAUCUGUAUCAAUCACAAUAUGACAGCAGGAUCUAAACACAAGCAUUUUACAAAUAACCUAGAUUCGUCUGACCAAGCCUGUGCUGUCGAAGUGACCUGACCCGUAUUACGUUAAUGUUUUAUUUAUACUUAUUGUAGAGUAUUGUUAAUUGCUGUGUUAAAGCUAAGGUAAUAAAUAAGAGGAAUCGAAAA